AUGCUGAAUAGCCCUGGCGAUACUUCAGUGGCCUGUUCUAUAGGAAUUUUCCUCUUCUUACUCUUGAUGUUCUGUGGGAUAGGGUGUGUUUGGCACUGGAAACACCCUAACACAACCCGAUUUACCUUGCCAAAGUUUUUACGAAGAAGAAGGAGCAAGAAAAAUGAGUAUGAUGAAACACCCUCUUUGAGUCAUCAAAUUAUUAGCCCAGAGCAUAAAAUUUCAGUUCAAACCCAAGAUUACAAUUCUGCUGAGGGGACAACUAGCCUGCAUGCCAACUAUGAAAAUGUGAAUGCGAGUCCUCCUAAAGAUAAAGAAGAAACUGAUAAGGAAAUAUAUGAAAAUACACAGCAGUCUAAUUUUGAGGAGCAUGUCUAUGGAAAUGAGGCAGAAUCUAACUAUUACAACGUGCAGAAUCCUAGUACUUCUGGAGCAACUCAAGAUGAAGAUAUAUAUAUUCUUCCAGAUUAA